AGCGUCGCUCGGGGAGCGGAGGACGAGGAGGAGGAGGAGGAAGGAGGUGAGCGGGGAUGGUGGAGUCCCGGCUCCCGACGGCACCCGGGGCGCGAGAGGCGGAGGGGCGCCCGCGGGUCGGUCCCGCUGCCUUCCUGCCUGUCGGGCGGGCCGGCCGGCCGUCGGAAUUCUAGUGAAUCACUGACCAGCACCAUUUUACCGUUGGAAUGAGUUAUCAGAAAUGGGCCUAGUGCUUUUAGAGCCAACAUGUAACAGAUGGAUGCAACUCCAAGCUUACUUCUUCAUGCCAGCACUCUUUUGACUGCCUAGGAUCUUUGUCUCUUCAUCUUUGAUCUGGAUUCUGGCAAAUAAAAGGCGUUCAUGUAGUGUUUUGUUUAAACUUGAGUCACCAUGAGUAGUAGUUUAGGCAAAGAAAAAGACUCUAAAGAGAAAGAUCCCAAAGUACCAUCUGCCAAGGACAGAGAAAAAGAGGCAAAAGCCUCUGGAGGUUUUGGGAAAGAAAGCAAAGAAAAAGAACCUAAAACCAAAGGGAAAGAUGCCAAAGACGGAAAGAAGGAUUCCAGUGCUGCACAACCAGGGGUGGCUUUUUCAGUCGACAAUACGAUCAAAAGGCCAAAUCCAGCACCUGGGACUAGAAAAAAAUCCAGCAAUGCUGAGGUAAUUAAGGAGCUUAACAAAUGCCGGGAGGAGAACUCCAUGCGCCUGGACUUAUCCAAGAGGUCUAUACAUAUACUGCCACCAUCAGUCAAAGAGUUGACUCAACUCACAGAACUUUAUUUAUACAGUAACAAAUUGCAGUCCCUCCCAGCAGAGGUGGGCUGUCUAGUAAAUCUCAUGACGCUGGCUCUCAGUGAGAAUUCACUUACCAGUUUGCCUGACUCUCUUGAUAACUUGAAGAAGCUGCGGAUGCUUGAUCUACGGCAUAAUAAACUGAGAGAAAUUCCUUCAGUGGUAUAUAGGCUAGAUUCUCUCACCACUCUGUAUCUUCGCUUUAAUCGCAUAACGACUGUGGAAAUGGACAUCAAAAACCUGCCCAAGCUCAUCAUGCUAAGCAUCCGAGAGAAUAAAAUCAAACAGCUACCUGCUGAAAUUGGUGAAUUAUGUAACCUCAUUACCCUGGAUGUAGCUCACAAUCAACUUGAACACCUUCCAAAGGAGAUUGGAAACUGCACACAGAUAACCAACCUUGACUUGCAGCACAAUGAACUACUAGACCUCCCAGAUACAAUAGGAAACCUGUCCAGUUUAAAUCGUCUUGGCCUGAGAUACAAUAGAUUGUCAGCAAUACCCAGAUCAUUAGCACAAUGCAGUGCACUUGAGGAGUUAAAUUUAGAGAACAAUAACAUUUCUACUCUACCAGAGAGUCUUUUAUCCAGUCUUGUAAAAUUGAAUAGCUUGACCUUAGCUAGAAAUUGCUUCCAGUUAUAUCCAGUGGGAGGUCCAUCUCAGUUUUCCACCAUUUAUUCCCUCAACAUGGAACACAAUCGAAUCAACAAGAUCCCAUUUGGAAUUUUCUCCAGAGCCAAAGUGUUAAGUAAGCUGAAUAUGAAGGACAAUCAGUUAACAUCACUCCCUUUGGAUUUUGGAACUUGGACCAGUAUGGUAGAAUUGAAUUUAGCAACUAAUCAGCUCACGAAGAUCCCAGAGGAUGUGUCUGGUCUUGUUUCUCUUGAGGUUCUAAUAUUAUCAAACAAUCUUCUAAAGAAGCUUCCCCAUGGUCUUGGAAACCUUAGGAAGUUACGAGAAUUAGACCUAGAGGAGAACAAGCUAGAAUCCUUGCCCAAUGAGAUCGCUUAUCUUAAGGAUUUACAGAAAUUAGUCUUGACAAACAACCAGUUGACCACUCUUCCCAGAGGCAUCGGUCACCUUACCAACCUCACACACCUUGGCCUUGGAGAGAACCUCCUUACUCAUCUUCCUGAGGAGAUUGGUACACUGGAAAACCUAGAAGAACUAUAUUUGAAUGACAACCCCAACCUUCACAGCCUCCCCUUUGAGCUUGCUCUCUGCAGCAAGCUGUCAAUCAUGAGUAUUGAGAACUGUCCACUCAGUCACCUACCACCUCAAAUUGUUGCUGGAGGGCCUUCAUUCAUUAUUCAGUUCUUAAAGAUGCAGGGUCCAUAUCGUGCCAUGGUUUGAUACAAACUGCUGGUCCCACACACUGUUCAAAAAUAGACUGCCAUUAAUGUUUCAUAUCUAUAUCUGUAUCUGUGUGGAUAUUGAUCUAUGGCAGAUUUAUAAAGACUGCAUUAUGUGUUUUUGCUAAUAGAGGAAUCAUAGCCAUUUAGAUUUUUUUAAUUAUGUAAAAAAAAAAAAAAAGCUUGUAUAAGUUUUCUUUGCUCAAUUUGAUGGAUGUUUUCCUGUUGUGUAAUCUGAUAUGCCAGUUUGUUUAAAAAUCUUCCAAGAAAUUAAUGAAGUCAUUAAAUUUAAGGGACAAAGUAGUAUAGUUAGAUAUGUUUCUCUUAGGAAAAUGUGGGCCAAAAAUUUUGUUGCAGCUUUUCAUAUACAUUUCCCCUUAAAAUUGUCUGAUCUUUAUAACAUAUAGGCCCUAAAGGUAGAAUUUUUCUUUAAUUUAUUUUGAAAUUUAACUUUUAUAUAUUGUUUACAUUCAGAGUAAGUCACUGAAUUAUUUUGAUUUGCUCUGUUUUAAUCAGUCAGAUAGAGUUUAUAUUCUCUGUUAAAGAAUUUGCAUCAGCUAGUUUAAAUAUUAAAAGAUACUUUGUUGCAACAGCUGGCAACCAGAAAAUAUGCAUUUAGAAAUCAAAAUUCACACUAGUUUUAUUUCUUUGAUGAACUGUAAAGCAAAUAUCUGAAGUGAAUCUUUGGGGUGGGGGUAUUCAAACCUUUCCUAGAAUAAGUAUGUUUUACUUGGGGAGCAGAAAUGUGUGGUGAAAGGUUUUCUUUUCUUUACUUUUCUUCCCCCAGUCCUGAAAGUUGCAGAUCCACAAAAAUUUAACAGAAAUUUGGCAAAUAAAUAACACAUAAACACACAUUCUAUAUAUGUAUAUACAAUGCUAUAUAGAUAUGUAUUUAUUAUAUCAUAAACUACAAUAGGUAACUAUAAAGACUUCUCCCUUUCCUUGUACAAUGAGAUGAAUGUCUCUCUCUGAAGAUUGCAGUCUAUGUAUGUUUCACGGUUAUUUAACGGUGUGCUAUGGUUUUAUAUCUUGACUCGCCUUGUAGAUCUUUCUGUUCUGGAGUGUCUGUGUCUAAGCACAAUAUCUUCCCACUGUGCUGUAGUUGCUGCUGAACUAAUGCACUUUCCCACAUGGGGCACUGGCUUCACACAGUUCAGUUCAGUACCAGUACUUUCAAUCUCAUCUUUCCUUUGUUAGUAGGCGGUAGUACAGUUAUGGAAAAAUGGCACAUUGACACCAUUGGUAGUUCUGUGGAAGUUAUGUAGGAUGUGCAUGUAGUAUUCGAUAAAUUUUUUGUUUUGUUCUUUUGCUUUACUGCCUUUACAAAUAUCAAAACUGUAAAUGUGUGCCCCUUACAUAUUUUUUUUUAUUUUUGGUAGUGUUGGUACAGGUCAGUUUAAUUAUUGAGGAGACCCCACAGAGCAGGUGCAUCCUAGAUACAAUCCUAAAACACACCUCCCAUAUAAUGAGUAACUAUUAUAUAUAAUUAAAUAUUGCUGCUUGUUCUUUUGUGUUGUGCCCCCCAAUUUUUGUGUAUUUUGUUCUAAACAACUAUUUUUAAAAAUUAAAACUAAUAUAAAGAUAAAUAUUUGGACUUUUGCUUUUCCUGGCACUCAAACUCAGAAUUGGGUUUGGUGACAAAUCUGUGUUCAUAAUUGGCAAAUUUGUAAGGAGCAACUAAGAAGUGAAAGGCAGGUAAAGAUAUAAAACCCUAGAAUGCUUAAAUGUGCUGUAAGACUAUUGUAGAUGUUCACUGGACUUUACAAAAUAAUAUUCUUUCUUCUUUCCCAUAUACUGUGGCUUUCAGUUAAGAUUUUGUUUAUAAAAGGAAUUUAUUACAGUUCUACCUAGAGCUUGUGUGUGUAUGUGUGUGUGUGUGUGUUUUUCUUUUAAAAUUCAUAUGCAGUUGUAUUGAUAUUAAGAUCAUAGACUUUAAACUUGAGAGGUAGUGGUCUGGUAUCUUUUCUUGUAAAAACAUGGUUUCUCAAGAUGAGAAUAUAUGAAAAACAUUAAACAGUUUGUUUUCCCUACAUUCAUUUAAAUUAUUCUACAACGGAGGUGGGAAAUGGCCACAAUCUUACAUGUAGAACUAACAUUCAUAUAGAUAGUGUAUAGUCUGCCUUUUCAGGAUGCAGACUUUAGAUCUUCUUUAUGCAAGCUGUGUUGGAAGAUCCCUUUAAUUUUAUGAUGUUUUCUACCAGGAAACCAAGCUGGACUCCAGUUGAGGGGUGGAUAGUUGUGAAACCAAGAUACUUAAUUCUUGCAUAAGGGAUGCUGAUGACUGUAGAUGAGUACACAUGAGUUAAGUUUUUUUCUGAAAUGCGCCGUAUUUAAAACUUUCAUUUUUUUUUUUUAAAGAAUAAUGUUUAGACUCUCCUCAAGAUUUGAUUAGUAAAAUAAGAAUCAUAGACUGUUAUCUUAAACAUGUAAAUUUUGGUUUGUUAAUUUAGAACUUUACUCAGAAGGGAGAGACGGUGACUUGUAAAUGAAUUCUAAAGAAAACAGUAGAGAUAGAAACUCCGGGAGAGACAGUUAAUUUGUACUUCAAAGUUGGGGAAUGCAGUUGGGAUGAAUUCUGAAAGCUCGAAUUACAAGUUUCUAAUUAAUCUUAUGAAGUCUGAGCCAUUUAAAGUGAACCAAUUCUGGGCUUGGAUAUGGCUAAGUGUGAGGUGUAGUGUCGCAUUCACAAGGUCCUGCUUCAAUUCCAGUACUCCCAUCCCCACAAAAUACAAACAAGGACUGACUGCAUCAUAACAAAAACGAAACGUGUGCAGUCAACCAGGAGUGAUGCUUCAAACUCAAGGCUGGUGCAGGAUGAACUCAAGUUUAAAAAUAUCCUGGGUGCUAUAUUAAGACGUUGUCCUCCCAAAAACCUUCAAAUAUGAAGAGCUUGCUACUCAGGAUGUACAUGUCCUGUUCAGUUGGAGCUGCGAGUCCUCAUGAGUGCUUGUGUGGCUGGCCUUGGAAAAUGUCCGCGGCCAUACUUUUCCAGAAGGGCGCUCUGGAGCCUCACCGGCCAUCUUUCUUUCCCCCACCCCAGCCAAGCAUCCUCAGAGUAAUUUUUACACCAUGGAGUUGGGUGGUCGGGGCCCUGCCCCAAAGGCAUCUGUCCUGCUGUGCAGUGCCUAGCUUCUCUGCUUAAGAGACCUCUUAAUCUCUUAAGGGUCACGGUGAGUCAGCAGUUGCUCCACGUGAGUUUCCUACUUCUUUCCUCACCAAACAGUAUGUUUCAAAUCCUGUGUUUGUUUGUUUGCUUGUUUGUGUUUUCAGCUGUCAUUACAAACUUGGAUAAAAGCUGUAAGCAGCCUAAAUUAACUAUUAGUCCAUUACUUUUAAAUCCAAUAGUCCAUUACUUUUAAAUCUCAGCAUAUAAAGCAUAGCCCACUUCUCUGUCAGAAUGUAACAUGAAAGGCCUCCAGUAUCCAUUCCAAUCUCUCCCCCACUCCCACCCCAGGAAUGUAAGUAGAUUGUGCUGGCUAUGCUUUUUGUCAGCCUUCUGCUCUUGUGAAUUCUCACCAGAACUGCCCAUCGGUUUCUGACUCUAGGGCUUUGGCCUGUUGCUGUUGUCCUCUUCCGUGGUCCUUCUCAAAUCAAAGUUCCAGAAGCCUAGUUGGUACCAAUUUUGUGUAUUUUCUUGUUACUAAAACAAAUUAUUUGAUAGAAACGAGAGGAAAGGUUUGCUGUGUUUCAGUUUCAGAAAGAUUUAUGUCUGGUUUGGAAUGGAGUGCAGGGCAAAAGUGUUCUGUCUGGCAGUGGAAUGUGUGGUCCUAAUGGAACCAGAAGUAGGAAAAGGCCUGUGGAGUACAUUUGAAUACUGUGUAGUGACUGCCAGCUUUUAAAACAAGCACGGCAAAUUGUUCUUCAUGUAGGCUGCCUUGGUAAUUAUCCAAAUAGGAAUUUAAUGGCUUUUUCUUCUAGUGUUACUUGUUCAUGUCUUUUUAAGAAUAAUUUGGAUUAUCAAAAUUUCAUCUUGUUCAUAAACUUUUGAAUAUGACCCAUUUUUUUUUUCUGAACCCUUCAAAAACUUGCCUUGUUUAGGGUUUUUAAGGGGUCAGUUGUGUGUUGAGUUAUAAAAUUAAUUUCCCCCUGUAAACCUGACUAUGUUACUUUCAAGAUGAGGGAGUUUCUGGAAAGGGACUGGCUUACAUUCUCAGUUAGUGUCACGUCAUUGCUGAAAGUAGAAGCAACAACAUCUGGCCCCUUGAGCAGUAUUGUAGUCUGCUGUGUUGCUUCCAUCCCAAAUCGCAACACCCGCACAGCUCUGACUGAAGUUGGUUAACAGAUGAAUGCUGAUUUAAACAUGCCUAAUUAAAAUAAGCCAGUGGGAGUUCAUGCAGACCUUCCAGCCUGGAAAUACAUAUACUAAACCCAGUUUUACACUUGUCAUCCUUCUAAGCCAAAACAUGUCAAGUGCAAGACUUCAGUCUGCCGCGUGUGUGAUUUUUACACUAUCUGUAGAUAUUUCUGUUUGCGUAGCUUUCUUUACUAAAUUUGUUUUACUUUGGGUGAUGACUUGAGGCAUUUGAGAAUGUCUCCAUUCUCAGAUAAAUCUAUUAGAAGUACAUAGUCCAGUGAAACACUCCUAGUGCAGUGUUCUUUUUUCUGUCACACUGAAGGUAAGGGCGAGGUAGACCUACCUUUCUAAAGUUUCAGCUUUAGAAGAGGUUGUUUUAGAGCUGUGAGUACAGGUCUUCCUGGCAGUAGUCCUGACUGGCCUCAGGGAGUCUUUAAAGAGAGUAAAGGAAUGGCAGAUGUCACAGCCAGAUUGUACUUUUUUACAGGACCCAGAAUAUAUCUAAACAUAAGUCAGUAAUAGUCAUCUUUUGUAGGAUGGUUGGCUUAAUUCUGUGUUUCUUUGUUUUCUCAUAUCUUAAGUUUGGAAAGUAUAGCUCCAUCCUUGGAAAAGCUAGGACAUAAGUAUUUUCUAUGUUGUGUAACUUGGGAAGAGAUAGUGGACAGCCCACUUCAGUUUGCUUUCUUGCUUUCUGGUUGAAGAUAUGAUCUUUUAGCUUCCUGAUUCAGCUGCCUGCUGACAAGCCUCUUCCCACCAUUUUGUACUCUGCCUCUGAAACUGUGAGCCAAAAUAAAUUCUUCUCUAAGUUGA